AUGCCGGAGUCCGGCCCCGGCUCCGUCCGGCUUGCCGCCUCCGGCCCGCCCGCGUCGACCGGCCUCCUCUGCGGCCUCGCCCGCCUGCCGACUCGCUGCUCAGGCCGGCUGCCGCCUCGCCUCCGUCCCCUCCCGUGCGGCGCUCUCCUCCCCGGCCUCCCGCAUCGCCGCGUUCUGCGCCUCCAGCUCGGCCCCGGGCCGCCUUCGCCGCCUUCGCUGCCUCCGGCUUGCUCCGCCCCUGCGAGCCGGGUUCCGCCUCGCGGCCGGGUGCUCCGCCCCGCCGGCCCGGUCUGGUUGCCUCGCCUCCGAGCUGCGUUCGCGCUGUCCAACUCGCCUCCAAGCCGCCCCAGCGCUUGGCCCGCUCCGGUCGAGCCUCCCACGCGCGUCGCCUGCAGCGCCUCCGCUCGCCUGGUCGGCUGCCGCCCUACCUUCUGGCCGACUCCGCGCCGCCUACCACCCGCCGCGCCCGCCUGCGCCGACUGCCUGGUUGCGUCGCUUCGCGCCCCCGCCUUCGCGCGACCGGCCCCAGGUCGGCUUCCCGUCGCCAGCACCGGCUCCGGCUCCGCCGCACCCGCUGCAGCCGGCUGGCCGGCUCCUGCCCGCUGCCUAGGCCGGCCGCUGCGCCCGCACAUUCUGCUGCCUGCAGAGAGAAAGAAGAAAGAGGGGCCGGCUGCCCCAGUGGCCGACUAG